UUUAAACUGUUUACCAAUUAAUUAAUAUUUAAAUGGGCAAUACAAAGAAUCGGCUGUUUUUUUACAUACAGUAUUACUUGCAGUCGAAUUGUAGCUUUGUUACAUACUAUUUUAUUUAAUGAAGUUAUUUUUAUUAUAAAUUAACUCGAAAGGUUUAAGAUGGCUGCCAAAAGUGAACUGUGAUAGUUUUAGUGAUUGGAAAUUGUGAACGCAUCUAGUUUGUUAUAACCUAAUUCACCUUGAAGUUUGAUUUGAGGUUAAGUUCGAAGUUUACCAAAGGAAGAAAUGUAAACUUUGCCUUUUGCAUGACAAUCAAAAUUAAAGGAAGUAGCCAAGGAUCUUCUAAACGAAAUCCUGGUGUUUAAGGACCUUUUAUCCUUUAACGUACUGGGUAAAUAAUAAUGACUGGCAAACGACGUCCAAGUAGUACUCAGGGAAGCCCUAAGUUGAAUUUUCGACCACAAACAAAUGAACUGAGGACAGAACAACGUGGCACAAGACCCACCAGUAAACCAACGUCGAUUAAAGAAAUCCUGACCCUAAUGGUGCUCCAUGUUUGCAGGAAAUCCUUAUUCUUUGACACUAAUCUCAAAGUUGGAAUAUACUUGGGGGCCUUGUUUCUUAUAUCGUUAAUAGCCGAUGUAAUCCCAAUACCUAAAGGAUACCUAGCACGAUCUGACAACGUCUUUAACCAAUACUUUGUUAAGAUUGCCUGGUUCUGGAAUAUACUGCUACUUACACCAUUCCUCAUUCUGACAUCUUAUGUUUAUUGCUGUGGACAAAAGGACAGGAUUGUGAAGCAUCAUCUUGUCAGGCUGGUAAUUGCAACCUUUUUCUGGUAUUUCUGGACGUCAUUGUUCAAUUAUAUUGAAUCCAAAUAUGGAAUUUGUACCUUGAAAGGAGAACAAUCGAAAGCAAACUGCUUGAAAGCAGGUCAUUUCUGGAAUGGAUUUGAUCUUUCUGGACACUGUUUUAUCCUAAUAUAUGGCAGCUUAUGUUUGAUAGAAGAAGCCAGGUGUGUCAUUAACUGGGAUAAGAUCAAAGAGUAUAUCAGGAAUGAAGAGCACUUUCGUAAAUCAGACCCAAAUGAACACCACAACAGUCCUUUAAGGUUCCUUACAGAAGAAGAGUUCAGCACUUUAAAGGAAAGCUAUGAGAAGUACACACCUUACAUAAGAGCAUUGUUUGUUGCAAUAACACUGUUGCAAAUAUUGUGGGAUAUUAUGCUAGUUUGUACUAUGCUUUACUACCAUAUAAUGAUAGAGAAGCUGCUUGGAGGAGCUCCCGCAAUUCUUACCUGGUUUGCCACCUACAAGCUAUGGUAUGAUUCUCACAAUUUAUUGCCAAAGUUACCAGGAGAAGGUUUAUUCAAAUAUAACAAGGUAAAGACCGGUUUGCAGCCUGCUGGAAGGAGAAGAAUUGGAAGUGUUACAAAUGGGAUUCCCCAGUUCAUGGGGAUGCCAUUGUACAGUUUUAGAACUGAUGCAGGUCCCACUGGAUCUGCAGAAUCUCAAUUAGAAGAAAGCUUUUAAAAAUAUAUAAUUAAUCAAGGGUUGUGAAGGUGGUAAAGGGAAUGUUUAUACUAAAACACCACUGUCCAUUUACAAGUUUUAAUGGUUAUACCUCUCAGUACCUGUUCCUGUGGGAUUUUAUAAUAUAUCAUAUCAUAUAUUGGUAAAAUCAGUGUAGGGUACAUACAUACAAAUUUUGUUUUGCAUUUUUAAAUAUUUUAUUUAUUGUAUUUGUUCCAUAUUGCUAUAUGGGUGUUGCAUUACAAUUAAUUUGAUUUCAUUUAAAGGUAGCUUGCCAUUGUAAUUAGUAUGGAUGUUAAUUGGUAUUUUUUUUUAUAAAUAGGGGUUUAAGUUAUACUAUGCUUUGUAAUUAGGAGUUUUGCAAAUUCUGUUGUUUGUUACGUAAAUGUUGAUAUGUAUUUUAAAUGCUUUAUAGCCGUUAGUGUUUAUUUAAGUAAAGGACAAAAAUUAAAUGGAAAUUACAGUAAAUGUAAUACAUAUAUUAUAUUUAUAUAUAAUAGAGAGCACAAUUUCUUUAUAAGAAUUUGCAUGAUUGGUGUCCGAAUAUUAAUAAAUAUUUUUUACGUCGAA